AUGACCAAAAUUCCCGACGUUGUGACGACCCGUCCGGGUGACGUCACCGAAGAAUGGGCCGCGCGAACGAUUCAGAGGACCUAUCGUGGUCAUCGGACGCGACGCGAGCUGCGGGGGCUUGGGUUGGCUUCUUCCACACGUUGGGUUGAGGCUUUCAGAGAAGCGCAAUGGCAUCAACUCUAUCAACCCACUGGGCCUCAUGUGGCUCCUGGUGAAGAUGGCUUCAACCAAGCUCGUCGAAACUGGCAACGGGCGGUUAGUGUCGCGAGGCGCGCCGGCGGCGACGAUCGCAUUUCAACAGUUUCGCAUUCUCCGGGGACUGGGUCCGAACGUAGCACGGAAAUGACCUCGGGAGCAACCGCAAAGAUGAUGGAUUUACAAUAUUUCCUAGAGAUGGUUGAUCUCAAACACCGACAUGGAAGCAAUCUGCGAUGGUACCACAGCUAUUGGCGCAAUUCAUCGUCGAACGAAAACUUUUUUUCUGGCUAG